CGUUGAAACAAUCUGAUUCUUGUGAAGCAAUACUUUUUAAUAUAAUCAGUUAGUCAUCACUGUGGAUUUCACCAGCUAGGUAUUAGUUAUAAUAAAAUAUGACGAUUGGUAAGAACGUUGAUAAAUGGUGUGAAUAUAUUCAGUGCGUUGCUGGUUUUGAAUCGUGAACAAGUUCGACCUCAACCAUGCCCAAAGAGAAACCUUCAAAAAAAGUGAAUUGCCAAGUGCGUUUCGAUAGCAACCCCAAUGCGAUUUUCAGGGCAGGAGAUGCGGUUUCCGGGACGGUUAUACUUACUCUAACUAAGCUGAAAAAAGUUAAAGGAGUGUAUGUAUUGAUUUCUGGCUUUGCUGAAACAUUUUGGGACGGUAAGGUAUAUCAUGGUCCCAAAAACCGGAAAACGAAGGCACACUUCAAAGGCUAUGAAGAUUUCAUUGAUAAGAAGAUCUACCUCGUAGAAUCCGACGAUGGAAGUCCUAUAGAUUUACCCAUGGGCUCUAAUCAGUAUCAUAUUCGGUUCGACAUUCCUUCGACAGCAUCAACUUCAAUGGAAGGGAGGCAUGGACACGUACGAUACUUAGUGAAGAUUGUGCUAGAAAGGCCUUGGAAGUAUGAUCAAAACUUUCAGACGCCUCUCACGGUAUUAGCCAGGGCUAAUAGUCAGAGUUCGCAUCUUAGCAAACCUAUAAAAGUAGAAGAUCAGUUGAGAUUCUAUUGCUGGAUGUGUCGUUCUGACCCACUUUUAGUGGCAGCCACCGUACCCAGAUCUGGGUAUGUUCCUGGCGAAACCAUUGAUGUUACUCUGACUGUAAACAAUCUGAGUAAGGAAGAAGUAUCAGAAAUCAUCGUAAAGUUCCAAAAGGUUAUUCAAUUUAUUAGUCAAGUACAGAUAAUUGGGGAAACGCAACUUUUUGCCGAAAACAAGAUAGUUAAAUAUGAACUUCUCGAGAUUCAGAAGACCCUAUCGGUGGCUAAGCUCACUAAUACCAAAUUUGAAAAACAAUUCGUUGUUGGACCAAUAACGCCUACAGAAAAUCAGCAUUGUGAUGUUAUCAAAAUUGGAUACGAAAUGCAUAUAUCCGUGAAACCACGACUAUCCAGGCAGACAAUUGAGAUGACGAUUCCGAUCGUGGUUGGAUCUUCCGAAUCGACAACAAAUGAAGUAACACCUUUCCAGAGAUCUUCUGGAAUCGAGAAGCUAGCUAUGCACUUAGAUGAAACUCUUCCCACAGCUCCUCCACCACCAUACUUCGAAAGCAGUUGCAGCAUAGGGAGGAUAAAUUCUAUUCAGAGUGUUUACGAAAGAGAAAUAAGUGAAGAUAAUUGAAGAACAGAUUGAUUAACAUAUAUGAUAAAA